AGGAUUUGUUGUAUUCUCUUUUUAUUUAGCAUUUGCACAACGUAACAACUUCACUAGUUUUGGGGUUUGUAAUACAUGGCGAUAAUCGGUGUGAAUCCAGAAUUGAAUUAUCCCCCCUAGAAUGGGAAUAGGAUGGAAUCGUGGGGUUGCCCAAAAAUUGCCACCUCUGCUAAACACCCAGCAAUCAUGUCUUCAAGGUGAGUAGUUUAACUUUAUUUAUGAUUUCUUUAUUACAAAAUGUUAAAACCUCUUUUCUUUUACAUUCCCAAUAUGUCCCCUUGAGUACCCCAACCCUGCCACCCCCCCACUCCUAAGUCAGCUGGGAUGAAGGGGGCCCUUGUGUUCCACCAGCAUUGUUCCCUGCAGAGUUUGCCAAGCUUGUGCAACUUGGGCUUUUCCUUUCGCCGGGAUCCUUCCUUGACGUUCCGCCGCAGCAAUGGAGUUUGUGCAAGUGAUGGUGUGGACUCUGUGCGUGAUUUCCUCAGCAUCAGAGGACGGUUGCUCCUUAAUCCUCAAGCCCCCCAGAGUGGUGGUGGGCUUCGGCCAGCCCGUGUCGGUCAGUUGCGAGGCCGCCCGGCCCGUGCGGGUGCUGGGCUGGGAGUCGGCCGUCAGCGCGGCGCACACCCAGCAGGGCCCGAGCGUGCAGUGGAAGGUGGACAGCCUCAUCGACUGGAUUGACGAGCCCAUCUGUUACGGCGUCUUCUUCACCACGCCACGCCAGUGCGAGGAGAAGCUCAACCUCGUCCUCUACAAGAGCCCAGACAGUGUCACCAUCAGGACGGUGAACCACAGCGGCCCCAUGCAGGAGGGCAAGGAAUACCAGCUGCUCUGCGAGGUGCAGAACGUCGCUCCCGUCCAGUACCUCAACUUGAGGUGGUACAGAGGCCCCACCCAGGUGUACAACCGCUCCUUUUCUGACCUCACGUCUGCCUCGCCGGUGCAAGUGUCCUCCGUCCUGGUCAUCACGCCCACCAAAGCCGACAACGGUGCACGCUACAGCUGUGUAGCAGAGCUGGAACUGGGACCGGAGGGACCGCAACCGCCUCUGGCUGUCACCUCGCAGACCCUGAGAGCUUCUGUGCACUUCCCUCCAGUGUUCCAAAGUCCUGGAGCAGAAAGUGUGGACUUGACAGACGGUGGUGAAGUGACACUAAACUGCAGCGCCGCAGGAAACCCAGAACCCGCCUACAGCUGGUGGGCCCCCCAGGCCCUGCAGGAGCUGAGAGAGGAGGGCCACGCUGUGCUGGCCUCCUCCUCCUUGCUGCCAGGAACCUACACCUGCACCGCCUCCAACACCCUGGGCAAGAAGAGCAAGCAUUUCACCGUCCGAGCCAAGGAGGUGUAAAGGUGCGCUCUUUAAAUCAGGACACACUGAGAGGAGAGGAGACAUUCUAAGAUGAAUAACAUUUUCCCUCCAACAGUGACAAUUGACUCCAAUAAAAGCACCACCUCAAAUACACACCUCCCUCAUUGUGUCCCCUUCACGCUGUAAUAUAUCUUUUACUAGGACAUCUUUACCUAAACACACUGCCAGCAAAGCACACCUGCCAUCUGUAAAGCUGCCGUUGACAAACGAUAGCGAUGCUUCAGAGCAAACGCUGCGAAGAAAUUCGACAAAAAAUUCUACUAUUUUUGUAUUAUUGUAGCAAAAUUAUUCACAAACGUGUAUCUCAAUCUGUGCAUGUGUACUCCAAUUUGUGUGUGUGUGUGUGUGUGUGUGUGUGUGUGUGUGUGUAUCAAUCCUAGUGUGUGUGUGUGUGUGUUCAGAUCCACGUACGUGUUUGAAGUUGUCUGUUUAUCCACAAUCACAAAGAACCCUCAAAUAUUUGGACUCGGGGGCCACAUUGAGAGACAAAGUGUGUCUGGGGGGGCCAAUAUGUAUGUGUGUAUAAAUGAUAUAUACACAUUUAGAUGUACAGUAUGUGUGUAUAAAUGAUAUAUACACAUUUGGAUGUACAGUAUGUGUGUAUAAAUGAUAUAUACACAUUUAUAUGUACAGCAGGCCUGGCCCUAACCAAUCUGGCGCCCUAGGCAAGAUUUUAGGUGCCCCCCCCCCCCCACAUCGGCAGUGAAGUGUAUAUACUCACAAGAAACCGAAUAGCUUUGUCUUUGACCUUUUUUUUUACUUAAAGAAAGCAAAUUAACAUAUUAUAUGAGAAUGUUAUGUUAUGAUUAUCUUUAACCGAAUCACAGCAGUGCUCAAAUUAAAAAACAGCAUUCCCUCUCAUGUGAUAUUGCUUAAUUAACAUUAAUGAUGUGCACUUUAACAACUAGGCUUACAACUAUACCUAAUAUAUAAAGGGGUGGAAAAGUGACUAUUACCUGCAGGGCAAACAUUAGCUAACCAGAAAGCAAUAACAAUGUAAACAAAAAACACCUGCUUAUACAAAUGUCCCUGAGGAAUGUAAGGUGGGAGUACUGUAAUUACCUAACGUUACAUAAUUAUUUUCCAUAACAAUUUAGCCCCCUCCACAAUAUUAACCCGACGUUAAAACAAAACUAGCUAUUUAUUGAUUAGCAAUUGCCGAAUCAUGUAACAUUAGCUUAAUGCUAAAAAGCCAGGUUACUAUCACAUUCUGUAACAGACAAAUAAUUUCAUGUAGGCUAACGUUACCUACCUGCUACCUCUGUCUUUUUCUCCUUUCUCCUCCUCUUCUUUUCUCUUUUUUCUUCCCUGGGCACCUGACAGUUUUGGCCGUUUUGACAUCUUGUGUUGAUUUUUUGAUGUGGUAAGAGUCAUGAUACGGGAAGGGAGGGGGCGCACCGUGCGGGGGGAUGGGGGGGCGGCGUAAUGUUGUAACAAAUAAUAUUUCUAUUAAAUAGGCUUUACUUUGCAUUUUAAUUAACGUGGGAUUAUUUUUUGUAUUUAGAAAUAAUAGUACCAACUUUUUUUUUUCCUUUUUCUCUCCAACAUUUGUGGCACUGGCGUGGCGCCCCCUGAUGGACGGCGCCCUUAGCAUUUGCCUAUACGGCCUAUGCCACGGGCCGGCCCUGAUGUACA